UGAGGCCCACACAAAACCCAAAAAUCAUGAACCCGGGCCAUCACCAUCCUCAGCCCAAACAUAGGGCCGAUACAUACAUAUAAUAGGGGAACUUUUCUUCCUAACCCUAGACUCGAUAAAGCCGCAGCAGCAGUAGAGCAGCAUCGCCAUCUGCAAAACCCUAAUUUCCCACUCACUUCUCUGCAAGAAAAGAUGUCGGUUGGAGAGCUCGCUUGCACCUAUGCUGCUUUGAUUCUUCACGACGAUGGAAUCCCCAUCACUGCGGAGAAAAUCUCGACCCUGCUGAAGGCUGCUAAUUUGUCGGUUGAAUCGUACUGGCCUAGUCUUUUCGCAAAGCUUUGCGAGAAGAGGAAUGUGGAGGAUCUUAUCGUGAACGUCGGCGCUGGUGGUGGCGGUGGCGCCGUCGCAGUCGCUGCUCCAACCGGCGCUGCAGGUGGUGGCGCUGCUGCAGCUGCCCCUGCUGUAGAGGAGAAGAAGAAGGAGGAGGAAAAGGAGGAAAGUGACGACGACAUGGGCUUCGGCUUGUUUGAUUAAGAGACGUUAUUUUGAAUUUGCUUUUUGCUCUACAUUUGCAUACUUGGGAAUUUUUUGUUAUUAGUAGUUUAUCUUACUUUAAUGCAGUGUUACUACUGCAUAUAUCUCUUGACAAUUGUAGUAUUCGAUUUUGGAGUAUUAUGAAGGGUUGCAUUUUGGAGUA